AUUCUGAAUGAAGCCAGUCGCAAGAACCAAUGAAUAAAUUUACCGUGGUCAAAACGUCCUUUCGCCAGACGUCCUGUCAGAACGCGGGAGACCACUUCACAAAGACGCGACGUACACCAGCAGUGAAGAUGGAAGCUCGGUAUCUUUUCGCCUACGUUGUAGCACUUGCUACCGUCUGUACGGUCUGUACGGGUUACACCAAGUCCAAGGACGAUUUUCUGAACCAGACAGACCAGCGCGGCUGCAACAGGUGCUGCCGGGGUUUCCCUGGAGCGGCCGGACAGCCGGGCAUCCACGGGCGGGACGGCGUCCCCGGCCGCCCAGGGGUGGUGGGGAAGAUCGGUAAACCCGGGAAGCGGGGAGACCGCGGGUUCUCUGGCAAGCCGGGCCCUGCGGGGCCGGAGGGACCGCGUGGACCACCGGGUCUGCCCGGGGGGAAGGGCGAGCGCGGCCCGCCCGGAUCCCUAAUGCAGCCGCAGAAGAUCGGGUUUUCGGCAGCGCGGAUGUCGGACUUGGGAGACGCCAACAAACCUGUGGUCCUCACCUACGAACACGUCUUCGUCAACCAGGGUGGAUUCUUCAACAACAACACUGGCCAGUUCCUGUGCGCCGUCUCGGGGACGUAUUUCUUCACGUUCCACAUCUACAAGCGGUCGGGGCAGUACGAGACGUUCGUCCGCCUGGUGCACAACUUCCUACCGGUGGUGGCGGUGCACGAGGGCGACAACGACGACCGCUACGACGGCGUCAGCAACAGCGUCCUCUUGCGGCUGCAGCGGGGUGACAGGGUGUGGCUGGAGAUGCCGGCCGGGUUCUUCCUCUACAGCAACGCGUUAGACAAACUUACCAGCUUCUCGGGCUUCCUGGUAUUCGCUGAUUAGAGCGCUACACAUAUGUACGUGCAUAUAAGUCCCAUUCCCACUAGGAUAAAAUUGUACGGAUCGAGCCGAAUUGAUUCGCAUUGCCAAAUCCGGCUUCGAGACGCUUCGAGCCGGAUCGAAGCCUGAUCAAAGCGAAUCAAUGUCGAUCCGGACAAUUUUUCCCCAGUAAAAGCGGAAUGGGGCCACAGUUAUAGACAAUUCAAGUUACUGGAUAAAAUACAGGGAUCACGUUUGGAGUGGCAUCCUCUUCGUUGAAGAUGAGUGAUGGAUGUCAUUCGGAACGUCCUGAAGUAAUCUUCGUAUCUUAUCCAGUAGUGGAGUUUGAAUUGUAUAUGAGUAUUGUUCUAUUGGAUGUCUAACCUUCAUCAACGUACGUACAUAUAGUGAUAGUAUAUUUAAAACUAUUGACACAAACAAUUGGUUACUCAAUGUUCAAGAAUAUUGUUUUGUGAUGAUGGGCAUCUUAACUGUAUAUUUGUCAUAUUUAUUCUCGCUGUAGUUAUGCCGUAACUGUACAGGGUUCGAGUACCAUGGAGCAAUAAUGUUAUUGUGAAACUUUGCUGAUAAGAAUGGGCUAGAAGGAGGAAGAUGUGAGUAAUAAUGAAAUAGUA